CCUCUCCCGGCCACACCACCUUGUUGUUCCCUGCCUAGACGGGUAUAGGGACUGUAUAGCGCUAUAACACUAUCUGAGGCGACCCCUUUCGCGGUGGCGACGUUUGCUCGACCCUCCGUAGCUAACACUCAAUCGCCAUGCACCUGAACGGCUAUACGGUUUGGAUCUCGUGCGAUGGCAAGUCCUUACCCGAAUACAAGACGGAGCGCAAAGGAGAAGAUCGAAAUACUAUCACAUGCUACAUACCCAGCGAGACUGGCGAGACGUUCAGCAUUGAAUGGCGCGACUACGUCAACCAGAGCCAUCUCCGCUUUGUCACAAAGGUCGACGGGAGGGCUGUGGGGGGCAACAGGUGCCGCCCAGGGGGCAAAGGCUUGCGGUGGGGCGUCCGGACGAGUACGACGACUCGGCAGCCGUUCCAGUUCGCUCCGCUCCGGACUACGGACGACGAGGAGCAUAUGUACGCCCUCGCCUCGCACGCCGCGCUGGGCGAGAUCGAAGUCUCUGUCAUACGCAUUCGCGCGGAGUACAGAUCUGUCCCGCACACGAUGGGCAAGUUCCGGCCUGUAGAAGCAGUGCACGAGCGAAGUAAGAAGGCGGGGGUGCAUUGUGUAUCGCUGGGCGCUAAUCGUCAAGUACCGCUGAGCAGGACGCAAACGUCCAGUACGCCGCUCAAUCCUCGCGAGGGCCCGGUCGCAAAGUUCGUCUUCCGGUAUCGCCCGAAAGCUCUGCUCCAAGCGCAGGGCAUCAUUCCCAUACCCCUCCCAGCUGCAGACAGGAAGCCCGCACUACCCGACCGGAAGCUCAAGAGACGUCCGUCGUCAGACGGAGAAGGGUAUGGAGAUGCGCAGCCCGCCCACCGUGCUAAGCGUGCCCGGCACAUACAUAACAUCGACGAGGAGGACGUCAAACCUCGCAUCUUCAAGAUCGACCUGUCUGAUGAAGAGGAUGUCAAGCCUGAUAUCGUGAAGGAUGAGCUUUCGGAUGACGACGAGGAAGAGGAAGAAGUCGCAGAAGCGGUGAUUGUAAAGGACGAGCCGUCCGAAGAUGAGAAGGAAGAGGACGAGGAAGAGGAGGAUCUGGAAGUGCUCCAGAGCCAGAUCCAGCAACUGCAGGAGAAGUUGGCGAGGGCUGCGCGGCGAAAGUCUCUUUCUGCGUCGCAAUCCGGAUCGCAGUCGCACGCGCGAAACAUCAAGAAGGAGGAACCCGGGCCGGCGACGCAGCUUGGCGCGGUGGUAAUCGACCUUACUUUGGAAGACGAUGAAUGAGUUCGGCGAGAGUGGGGCACUGGGAUCAAGCUGGGUGAGCAUGGUGUGUAUCAACUUGGCUGUACACGCGCGACGUCUGAUGAAGAAAUAAGACUGUGGUUUCGUCUGUUGUAUGAUUAUUGCAUCC